ACAGAGAGAGAGAGACCAAGGGGUUCAGAGUCCGAUCACAGAGAUGCAGAUCGCAGAGGACUGCAAGGGGUUAAGGAGGAGCUCGACAGAGAAGCUGCCUCAUGCUGGGCGUGUCCUACAGGGGGCACUGCUGUCUUCCUUCCCCAGCCUGCUUCGUGACCAUAAGUAUCACCUCAAGACGCUAAGGCAGUGCUGCACUGGGGAGGAGUUGGUGGAUGACCUGAUGAAACUACAGCCGUCCCUCCAGGGGAGAUUGCAGGCUGUUGGCAUCUUACAACUUCUGCUUGAUCUAGAAAUCCUCGUUCCUGUGCGCCAGGGGAGUACCUUCCAAGACAAAGACAGCAGUUUCUUCCGUUUCGCCGUGGGUGCCCCUGGGCGUGAGGAGUCCCCGAGAGCUGGCACUGCCGAGGAUGAACUGCAGGAGGCGAUGGAGUUACUCGCUCUGCUCGGGAUUGAGGCCUUACUUACCUCCUGUCUCCGAAAACCUCCAUCCCAGAGAAGUGCUGAAGACCUGGAUAUUAUUUAUGAGGAGUUGCUGCACGUCCGCGUUCUGUCCCACCUCUCCAGUACGGUGUGCAGACAACUCGCUGGGGUCAUACAUUUUGAAUCACAUUCGAAAGCUGGAACUGUCUUGUUCCGUCAGGGGGACAGCGGGAGUUCCUGGUACAUCAUCUGGAGGGGAUCCGUCAGUGUCCUCACCCAUCGCCAGGGUGUGGUCUCCACCCUCCAGGAGGGAGAUGAUUUCGGCGAGUUGGCAUUAGUCAAUGACGCUCCGCGUGCAGCCACCAUCGUCCUUCGUGAAGACCACUGCCUCUUCCUCCGAGUCGAUAAGGAAGACUUCAAACGCAUCCUGAAGGAUGUGGAGGCAAACACAGUCCACCUGAAAGAACAUGGGCAGAAUGUGCUAGUUUUGGAGAAAUUCCAACCAACCGUUAGCCCUGGGCAGGGUCGCUCACCUGCCAGGUACCUGGUCAUGUCCGGGACUCCGGAGAAGAUACUGGAAUAUCUGCUGGACACCGUCAGCUUGGAGACCAACUACUGCAACCCAACAGAUUCGUUCCUUGGGGAUUUCCUCCGGAUGCACAGCAUCUUCAUGCCAACAGCCCAGCUCCACAGAGCCCUGCUCACCCAUUACAGGGGCCGUGACCCCGGUCCAGAGGAGGUGGUAGUGCAGGAGGGAAUGGCCGGCAGGGCUGACCCAUCUGUGGCCAUGAAGGAGAAGGUGUUGCACCUGGUCACCCAGUGGGUGAGCCUUCUGGGGGCGCGGGCACAGGAAAAUCCCGCGGUGCUGGCCCUCCUACAGGAGCUGCGUUCGCUCGUUCUGAACGAUGCCGAGUUGGGGGAACACGCGGAGAACGAUGGCGUUUCCUACAACACGAAACACGAGACAACAAGGAACACAAGUGUACGAGAGAAGCUCAGGAACUGGGUGUGGAUUCUGGACCGUGUCCCUGGGAGGUGCGACAGGACGGGGUCAAGCCCCAGAGAGCGCGAGCCGGUGAGACGUUCGGAGAGGGGGAGCAGUGCCUCAGUGGGGCAUGGACAUCGUCUCAGUGUCUGCCCCUGGGAGGGGACGCACGACCCGUGCCCACCCCCAGCCCCGCAAGGUCCCCACCUGGGAUUGGACACCCUCCUGGAGGGAUACAGCUCCAAGGAACUGGCUAACCACCUCAACGCGUACGACUGGGAGAUCUUCCAACGCAUCCACGAGCUGGAUGUGGUCGAACAUGUGGUGGGCCGAGGAGAGGGGGUCAGUGGAGGUGGCCGUACCCACCUGGACAGUUACUUGACCAGGUUUAACCUGCUCCAGUACUGGGUGGUCACUGGGAUCUGCCUGUGCGCUCACCUGGGGAGGCGCAGCGCCCUGCUGAGGAAGUUCAUCAAGAUGGCCGCCCGGUGUAAGGAGCUGAGGAACAUGAACUCCUUCUUUGCCUUGAUGUUUGGACUCAGUAACGCCGCGGUCAGGCGCCUCUCCCUGACCUGGGAGCGAUUACCCAGCAAACACAGGGGGAUCUUUCAGGACCUCGAGCGCUUACUGGAUCCAUCCCGGAACCACUGGGUCUACAGACAGACGGUCAGGAAGUUCAACUCCGCCUACCUCCCGUUCCUCCCAUUGCUCCUCAAAGACCUGACAUUUAUUCACGAGGGAAACAAAACCUACUUGAACGGCCUCGUGAACUUCGAGAAAAUGCGAAUGUUAUCGCGAGUGGUGAGUGUGGUCCCACGGUGUCAGUGUAACCAGGACGUGUCGGAGCCCUCGCUGGGCGAGAGGAGGGAGCAGACCCUCAGGAUCUCCCUGAGGGAGCUCAGGGGGAUCGAUAACCAGGGGACACUGAACCAACUCUCGCUGGAACUGGAGCCUCCGAGGGACCGGGGACCCGCGAAUCCUCCCACAGCCAAAUAGCCCCAC